AAACACGCGGAUAAGAUGGACCAGAGACUCUUUUAUGCAUUAUAUGUGAUGGCUCUUCCGACACUUAGUCCCAUACAGUUUAUGAGUACUAAAGAGCCAUUGAUCAUCAGUCAUAAUGAAAAUGAUGAUCUUGAAGUCUCUGUUAAGUUAGAACAAUCUUUAAGAAGAUCAUCUUCAUCUGGAAAACACAAUACCAAUGAAUGUGGAACAACGAACUUGCAGACGAUGGUUCAUAUUUUUAAAGGAAAUGUUGGCACAGGAAUUUUAAGUUUACCGGCUGCCAUCAAGCAAGCUGGUAUUAUUGUGGGUCCACUGGGACUUAUUUUAUUUGCAAUAAUAACUGUUCAUUGUAUGCAUUUGUUAGUGCGCUGUUCGCAUCAUUUCUGCAAAAAACUUAAUAUUCAAGCUCUUUCUUAUGGUGAAGUGGCAGAGGAAUGUUGCAGACCGUAUUUUAGAAAUAAAUGCAGAAUAGCUAAGUUUGUUGUGAAUAUAUUUUUGAUUAUCACACAGUUUGGUUUUUGUGCAAUAUACUUUGUAUUUAUUGCAAAUACAAUUGUGGAAGUAUCUGGUUUGGAAAAAAAAGUUGACAUGCGCAUAAUUAUUUUAGCAUUGGCUCCCGUUGCAAUUUUGUUUUCAUUUGUUAGGAGUCUAGAAAAGCUAUCUUAUGUGUCUGUUGUUGCUAACGUAUGUUGUAUUGGUGGCCUUAUAAUGAUUCUACAAUACUUGGGAAGAAAUUUUAAAGACCCUCAUAAAUAUCCUGCAUUCACAGAAUGGAGGGGUCUUCCUCUGUUUGCAAGCAUGACAAUCUUUUCAUUUGAAGGAAUCGGAGUUAUCCUUCCUCUUAAAAAUGCAUCAAAAUAUCCAAAUGACUUCACUUGGGUUCUAAAUUUUGCAAUGGCAGUAGUUACUACACUUUUUCUACUUGUUGGCAUAUUUGGAUAUAUUGCUAUUGGUGAUGAGAUAUCUGGAAGUGUUACUUAGAACCUACCAGAUAAUGUAUUAUAUGGUGUGGUAAAGUAUGUGUAUGCCAUGGCCAUAUUUUUAACGCUUUUUAUACAGUUUUAUGUUCCAAUGCAAAUAAUACUUCCUUAUCUCGUUGCUAAGUUUCAUAUUAGAAGAGUAUGGAUAUUGGAAUAUAUUUUUAGAGCAUCUUUUAUGAUGUUUAC